AUCACAGAUCACUCGUAUUGGCAUGGGACUUAAACCGCUCCGGACGUAGGAACCGGAUCAGAUCUUAUACAAUCUCAUUAUUCUGUCUGGGUGAUCUGGAAGAGACCAAUAGGAAUUCAAUCUCGUGGACUAAGUCAUGUGAUUCGGACUGCAUGGACAUUGAGCUACGUAGCCUGAUUUGAAUACAACAAGGAAAUCCCUACAUUACCAGGACACAUUUGUUGUGCUAGGAUCAUUUGCUGUAAAACAUUAAGGCACUGUGUAUUGAUUCACGCCGGAAUGAAGCGCUCCUGAUGACGAAGGGAAGUGAGGUCAAGCACGACUGGUUCAGCAAGGUUAACUGCAUCCUCUUAACAUUGAUAUACCCUCACACACGACGCUCACUCAGUCAUUUUUGAUGAAUAGGAACUCAACACACAUAUUUGUGAUUACGCAGGAGUCUACUAUGGAUGCAUUCCCCUAUACAAGCACGGACAAACUUGAUGCCGAGAUUGCAACAAAGACGCCCGGAUGUUUGGGAUUUUUACAGAAACGGCCAUGGAUUCUGCCUCUAGUCACGUCCCUAUGGCUAUUCUUCUCCAUCUUCAUCACAUACUUCGUCGGUGUCGUACUGGGUCAUAUAGCCACCAACGACUUCCCCUACAUCAGUCACACUGCUAUUCAAGACCCAGAACGAGCAAUAUUCGGCCAGUGUAUUAAUAUCGGAGCUGUUCUACUUGGUUUGAACAACAUUGUUCGAUAUUUAUAUCUAAAACACAUGCUUUACGUGUCAAGUGCGUCACCGAGUUGGCACAGGUGCAAUAUUGCUUCAUGUGUUAUCGGCAUCACAUCAUCAUUUGGACUCAGCAUGGUGGCUAAUUUCCAGGUGCGUGUAAGGUAUCUGAACAGCCUUGUUCCAAAUAUUAUUGGAUACUCACGAUUCAGAUUACGAAGCAUGUCAAUAUUGUUUUAUAACAAGAACCAACAAACUACAGCCAAAAAAAUAAAGGUCUGUUCCCAUUGAUUGUUUAAGAGAAGAAACUGUUAACCAGUAGAUCGAACCGCUGGCCAUUCCUUUUUGGAAAUUUUGACCUGUAGGAACUGCACGGACAUUUAAGAAUAAUUUUUAGUCUGAUCAUGAUAUUUAUGUAGUGGUAAAAAUGAGUUCAUUUCACAUUUAUUUAUAUUUCUAAAGAGGAUAUUCUCGAAAUAAAACAGAGUACUGAUGCAACAGCCAUUCACAUUUCUACUAUUACACUAACUUUAUAUUGAAACAGUAUACUACAUUGCACACGAAUACUGUGACCAAUAACACCGGUCCAGUAAUAAAUUUGCCAGAUCUAAAUUAAUAGAACAUUUCAAAUAUCGAUAACAGGAUUACUGUACAAUGAAAGGUUCGCUAUAAUAGCAUGAAAGCUUUCCAUAAUCAUCUUGACCUAAGGUAUAUUUAGAAACGUGAACUUCUUAAUCUGUCUUAUUCGUGAGAUUAGUCCAGUGAUAUCAAAUUAUAACAAGCUAUCAUAUAUCGUUUUGGUUUAUUCAUAUAUAACUCCUAUCCAUGUUUCGUACAUAAUUCCUAUCCAUGUCUCAUAGAUAAUUCCUAUCCAUGUCUCAUAUCUAACUCCUAUCCAUGUCUCGUAUAUAAUUCCUAUCCAUGUCUCAUAUAUAACUCCUAUCUGUGUCUCAUAUCUAACUCCUAUCCAUGUCUCAUAUCUAACUCCU